CAUGCGUUUUUCACGACGUGAGCAUCAGUCCGAGGAAAACGCAACCGAUCGGUUUCCCUUCUGGUGAACGAGUCGCAGCACCCAUUGGUAUCAGGUCACCGCAUACUAGACACGGCUUAAUGGCGUUUUCCGGCUCAUCGAUCGCGAUCCUUUUCAUCGGUGCGGCUGUUUACGCGGCGGCUGGACCCGUUCAGUUACACGGUGGAUCGAGUACGGUGCAACGAGACGACUACGGGUCGCCGGCGUUGGCGGAACUCCUGGCAAGAUACUGGGAAGAUCGCAGUGCGGGUCGCAAUUUAGAUGGUGUCGGUGGCGGUCAUUCGCUGCGGCAAGCGCGUCGAGUGUUGGAUUCGUUGGCUGGAACAACCUUUGGUGAAAGCAAGAGGCUCUCAUCUUUCAGGCGACCUGGUCCAACGAACAUACGGUCAGCUCAUAAUUUCGACGAGAUCGACCGAUCGGUGUUCGAUCGGUUCUCAAAGAGAAACAUUGACGAGAUCGAUAACGCGUUCGACAGCUUCUUCAAGCGAAACUUGGACGAGAUCGAUCGGGUCGGCUGGAGCGGAUUCGUCAAGAGGCUCGAUAAUUAUUUGGCGGACAGGCAACGUCGUUAAUUAGCGCAGAAUAUGAGGGGCGAGGGGAGAGGAUAGCGAGACGAAGCGAAUGGCAAGGAGAAGCGCAGUGAGAGACAAGCAUGAGAAACAUCAUAGAACGCGAACAUCAUCGCACGCGCUUGCUCCGUUUCAGAAAACUCGUUUAAUUUACAUAACAUUUCGGAAAAAACAGUUGAAAAUUAAAUUGCAAUCGUUCCUUCGAUACUGCUGCUCUUUUAUGGCCUUUUAAGGCAAGUUUGAACUCGAUGUUAAAUAGAAUUGUCGAAUUAUCUUUCGAGCAAAGUCACUGAAUAUUCCGUAGUUGAUACAAAAUUAUUUAACAAAAUCCUUGCUUUUUUCAUAUACAUAGUCAUUGAAUGUACUUUCACAAAACGCAAAUUCUAGAAAGUAAAUUUGAAAAAUGGCGGUUAUUUCACUGGCAGGAUAUCGGUAGAAAAUCAUGAAGGUAUCCAGUAUUGAAGGAAUUUUACAAGAACUAACAAUCAAAAUUUUAAAAGAUAAAAAUAGGUAAACAAAGCAAAUUGCGUACCUUGAUUAAUUUCAAAUAAAUUUUAUUUUUAUAAGAAUUGUUUUUAGCUGUAAAAAAGAAUCUCGAAAUAACAACACAAAUUAAACAUAUUGCGACAAAUAAAGAUCUAUUGCUAAAAAUUUUGUCAAGCGAAAAUCAAAUCAAUAUUUGCGUCGCAGAACUAGUCGGUAGAGCAUCCGCGAAUUCUAGAAUAUUCUUUACAGGCAAAAUUUAAGGCAAACAGAAUAGACAUCUUUAACAGAAAACAAUGAAAUUUUAUCAAAAAUUUUUAUGAUUGGUCCUAUGAAAGAUUUUACUGGAUAGACGAAGAUUUUUAGAAUGCAUCAGAACAGUUUAAUCACCAUUUACUCUGAAAUAAUUGGAUUCACUUCAAAAGCUCUUACAUACUCUCGCUGUUGCAGUCUUCGACUUUUUAAGACACGCCGAGCCAUUAAGCUAAAACUUACAUCCUAUUUAAUAUGAACGGCGUGUACAUCUUGUUAACAUGUAAUUAAUUGUAUAUAUUAACUCUACUCGAUGUAUGAAUCUCGAAAUUAUAUCGCGCAAAAUUAAAUACUCAAUGUAAUUACAUCAAUGUGAUUAGAUGCAAAAUGAUGAGAGAUAUAAACGAUAUGGAGUAUCGUUAUCCUUUUCAGAAAACUUGUCUUCAAAAAAGAAUCUCUGUGUAAAAAUAUUCAAAGCAUGUAAUUUGGCAAAAAUAUAUUUUUUGCGAUUAUCUCUGCAAAUAUCCGAGACGCUUUAGAACCAUUAUGAUGAAAUUUGCUCGAUUAGAGAUCGGAUAAAAUGUAUCACGUGAUUCGUCCUCUCUACUCGUAUACUGUCAUUCUGCAAAAAUGUGCUAUCUAAAUAAAGAAAACAAUAAUUAAUUGUUGGCCAAUUGAACAUGACACAAAAAGAUUGCAAAUAUUACAGAUAUCAUGGAUCCAAAAAUAUAAGAAUAUCCAAAUAUA